UCGGUGUCUCCUGCCUCGUGAGUCAGAAGAGGCUCCGGGCCCAGCAGCCCCAGCCCAGCAGGGUCAGCUGGCGGCUGGCGGCCGACCUCCCUGCUCAGACUCCCUCCCACGCCCGGCAUGUAUAUAAACGCCGAGCUCUCCGAAGCUGCCAGUCCUCUCGGGGAGGUGCUGCGAGCGGAGGCUGACAUGACUCCUUCCCUGCCCGCACUGGCGCUGCUGCCGCUGCUGCUGCUGGGGGUCGUUAACCCCGCAAACGCCAACGGCCAUUAUGACAAGAUCUUGGCCCACAGCCGGAUCAGGGCCCGGGAUCAGGGCCCCAACGUGUGUGCGCUUCAGCAGAUUCUGGGCACCAAGAAGAAGUACUUCAGCACCUGCCGGAACUGGUACCAGGGGGCCAUCUGCGGGAAGAAGACGACCGUGCUGUACGAGUGUUGCCCCGGGUACAUGAAGAUGGAGGGGAUGCAAGGCUGCCCGGCAGUGACGCCCAUCGACCACGUGUACGGCACGCUGGGCAUCGUGGGGGCCACCACCACGCAGCGCUACUCCGACAUCUCCAAGCUGAGGGAGGAGAUCGAAGGCAAAGGCUCCUUCACGUACUUCGCACCGAGUAACGACGCGUGGGACAACCUGGACCCUGACAUUCGCAGAGGUUUGGAGAGCAACGUGAACGUUGAGCUACUCAACGCUUUACACAGCCACAUGGUCAACAAGAGGAUGUUAACCAAGGACUUGAAGAACGGCAUGAUCGUGCCUUCGAUGUACAACAAUUUGGGACUUUUCAUUAACCAUUAUCCUAAUGGGGUCGUCACGGUGAACUGCGCACGCAUCAUCCACGGGAACCAGAUCGCGACAAACGGCGUCGUGCACGUCAUCGACCGCGUCCUCACGCAGAUUGGCACCUCCAUUCAAGACUUCAUCGAGGCCGAAGACGACCUCUCGUCCUUCAGGGCGGCCGCCAUCACCUCUGACGUCCUGGAAGCCCUCGGACGAGAUGGUCACUUCACCCUCUUUGCCCCCACCAAUGAGGCUUUUGAGAGACUUCCACGAGGGGUCCUGGAGAGGAUCAUGGGGGACAAGGUGGCUUCUGAAGCUCUCAUGAAGUACCACAUCUUAAACACACUCCAGUGCUCAGAGGCCAUCAUGGGAGGAGCGGUCUUUGAGACCCUGGAAGGGGACACCAUUGAGAUCGGGUGUGACGGGGACAGCAUCACGGUGAACGGCAUCAAAAUGGUGAACAAGAAGGACAUCGUGACGAACAAUGGCGUCAUCCAUUUGAUCGAUCAGGUCCUCAUUCCCAAUGCUGCCAAGCAGGUCCUCGAGCUGGCGGGGAACCAGCAAACCACCUUCACAGACCUCGUGGCCCAGCUGGGCCUGGCGUCCUCGCUGCGGCCGGACAGGGAGUACACGCUGCUGGCCCCCGUGAACAGCGCCUUCUCCGAUGACACUCUGCGCAUGGAUCAGCGGCUUCUGAAGUUAAUUCUGCAGAAUCACAUACUGAAAGUGAAAGUCGGCCUUAACGAGCUUUACAAUGGGCAGAAGCUCGAGACCAUUGGAGGCAAACAGCUCCGAGUCUUCGUGUAUCGAACGGCCGUCUGCAUUGAGAAUUCCUGCAUGGUGAGAGGCAGCAAGCAAGGCAGGAACGGCGCCAUCCACAUAUUCCGAGAGAUCAUCAAGCCUGCGGAUAAGUCCCUCCACGAGAGACUGAAGCAGGACAAGCGCUUUAGCGCCUUCCUCAGCCUUCUAGAAGCUGCAGACUUGAAAGAACUCCUGACGCAGCCUGGGGAUUGGACUUUAUUUGUGCCAACCAACGACGCCUUUAAGGGCAUGACCAACGAAGAGAAGGAGGUCCUGAUCCGCAACAAAAAUGCCCUCCAAAACAUUAUCCUUUACCACCUAACGCCCGGAGUUUUCAUCGGAAAGGGGUUCGAGCCCGGCGUCACUAACAUUCUCAAGACCACGCAGGGGAGCAAAAUCUACCUGAAGGGGGUGAACGACACGCUGCUGGUGAAUGAACUGAAAUCCAAGGAGUCCGACAUCAUGACCACGAACGGCGUCAUUCACGUCGUGGAUCAGCUCCUCUACCCCGCAGACACGCCUAUUGGGAAUGAUCAGCUGCUGGAAAUACUUAAUAAACUGAUCAAAUACAUCCAAAUUAAGUUUGUUCGUGGAAGCACCUUCAAAGAAAUCCCCAUGACCGUCUACACAACUAAAAUUAUAACCAAAGUUGUGGAACCAAAAAUUAAAGUGAUUGAAGGCAGUCUUCAGCCUAUUAUCAAAACUGAAGGACCCACCAUAACCAGGGUGAGCCUUGACGGGGAACCCGAAUUCAGGCUGAUUAAAGAAGGUGAAGCAGUAACGGAAAUCAUCCACGGAGAGCCAAUUAUCAAAAAAUACACCAAAAUCAUUGACGGCGUGCCCAUGGAAAUCACGGAAAAGGAGACAAGGGAAGAGCGGAUCAUUACAGGCCCUGAAAUAAAAUACACCAGGAUCACUACUGGUGGCGAAGAAACAACGCUGAAGAAAUUGUUGCAGGAAGAGGUCACCAAAGUCACCAAACUCAUUGAAGGGGGUGAUGGCCACUUAUUUGAAGAUGAAGAAAUUAAAAGACUGCUUCAGGGAGACACACCUGUGAGGAAGUUACAAGCCAACAGAAAAGUUCAAGGGUCCAGAAGACGAUCGAGGGAAAGCAAGUCUCAGUGAGCAUCCAGACCAGAAAGCAUCGUUUCCACACCCCUGCCCCUGACCCUACGGGAAGAUGACAAGCAAGUGCCACAGUGACUUCAGGAAACAAACCAGCACCCCCCAAAACAAUCACCGACCAGCGUUGAAACUUCAUUUCUGUUUGAAUGCAGAGCAGGAGGGGAGUUGUGGGUCAGCCUCCUGUGGGUGGGAACUGAGAGAAUUAGAACGCAUUUCAGACUUCUACGGCUUGACAUUAAAGAUCUGGCCGACUUUGCGACCCUUCCGAGAAAACCCCUCCGCAGCCUCCUUACAGUUCAGUCUCCGGGUGCAGGCUGCGUCCCCUUCAGAAGACGGAGCCUUGAGUUGAUUGAGUGGGUAUAAAAAAUGCAGGCGAUCAGCCACCCCACUCCCCCAUGGAAAGCUAAGUUAUGGAAAAGGGUGCUCAAGUAAAAAAAAAACAUAUACAACUUUUACAUCAAAAGGUUUUGCACAUUUCUAAUGCAAUGUGGGUUUACCGGUAAAUUAUGCUAUUUCUACAACUCAUUUUGUACUCUUGAAUGUUUGUCAUAUGCUUACUGCAAUGCCUAUUUUUAUCUCAGACAUUCCCGUAAGACCAUUUUCAGGUAUAAAGAGAAUUACUCCCAAUUGGGUAAUUCACAAAACUCAAGGUUUAAGUUAAUACGUGGAUUGAACAUGGGAACAGGACUUUAUACCUCUUUUUAUAUCAAAUACUCAUUAAAGGAAGUUGAAUAAAG